AUGGCCAAGACUUCAAAGGUCAAGAAAGAUCCCACAGCGAACCCCAGAUCUCGGGCUUCAAAGCGAGCGACGUCCCCUUCGAUCGACAUCGACAAAUCCAUCAAAGACGCUCCGCGUGCCUCGGAUGCCACGCCGGUGCUAGCCGCCCGCCCAAAUAGCGGCGUCACCAAGGCGAAGCGGAAGCAAAAGCCUCUUUCGCGCGGCCAACGGCGCAGGCAUGAAAAAGGGCUGGCCCGGGCCGAGAUGGUCCAGGAUCAAUUCGCAAGAAAGGUCGAAGACGCAUCGCAUCGCUUGAAGAAGCGGCGCGAGAGAAAGGGUAUGUGGGAGGACGUCAACGGGACAACAAACAAGUUUGGGACGUUAAUGGCCGCUCUGGGUGAUACUGCGGAUCAGAAUGAGGAGGAUGGUUGGGAGGACGAGGCUAUGCAAGAGUCCAACACUGAGAGCGGCGGUGUCAAGCACGUUGAAAACUUGACGACCUUCUCGAAGACCAAGCUGGUCGUGGUGGACCGGACAGCGUCUACUGCGGCGGCAGCUCCAACCUCGACGACAAUGACGCAGGAAGAGGAGGACGAAGCCGACAAGAUCACAUAA